AUGGCGGAAACAGAAACAGUCGUGGAAGUCGAGCCUGAAAAUAAGGACGUCCGGGCCGAAAUUGACGAAGGCAACGCCACUGUCGAUAGGCAGCUGGUAUCAGCCAAGAAGUCCAGCAUUGUCCAGCUCGCUAAUGACCUAGAGGCGACAAAAAGCGCUUUUACCAUUCAAGAAAGUGGAGAACCUAACACCUUCUGCAGCGAGACCAUUUCGUGGUACAACCCGAUUCUGAGAAACUUUCAGACUUUCGUCUCGAUUUUGGUUGUAAUGUGUCUUUUCUUCAAUUCCUACAUGUUCUUCUUCAAUGCGCAGCAAAUGCUGUAUAAUCUGGCCACCGCCGCCGAUGUUCUCUUUUCGUACAUUAUGUUCCUACGCUCGCGCACCGGACACAUGAUAGACGGAGUCGAAGAACGGAACUUACUCAAAAUCCGAGAACGCUACCAAACCAGCUUCGCGUUCUUCCUUGACGUCCUUUCACUUUUCCCAAUUUCCCAGUUAAGAUGGCUUGCACCUGGCAGCGACCAGUUUUUUUACGCCGUCGGUCGCCAGAAGCAAUAUGUACGAUUGCACUUUGUCCUUUACUACUUAGGCAUUCGUGAAGGGGAACCAGGCUCUAGCACGCUUCUUUACCGAACCCUGAAGUACGCACUGCUGUCGACCUUGACGAUCCAUUUCACCGCGUGUGGUUGGUACGGUCUCGCAUGCUCCAGAAGCGAUGAAUCAGGUUUCGACCUGUCUUUAUGCUCCGGUAACAGCUGGAUCAUGUACCUGCCUCAACAUAUUUUGGAGAAAGUGCUUAGAUUAUCGACCAACAAGGACGCCGCUUUAAACAGCGAAGUGAGCUUCUUGCAUAACACUUACAUCACCAGUCUUUACUGGGCGUCUGCAACCGCUACUUCUACAGGCUACGGAGACAUACACGCGUACACCAUACCCGAGAAAAUCUACUCCGUUUUUGCUAUGAUCAUUGGUAUGAUGGUCCUAUACGGUAUGACUAUGGGUGGUAUGACGUCCAUGCUUACGAACAUUGACGCUAGACGAUCAAGUUUCGUUCAUCGUUUCAGAGCUUUCCAGGACGAAGUGGACCGCAUGGGUGUCACUGAAAAUGUGAAGGGAAUAUGUAUUCGAUAUUUCGAUUACCUGUGGCAUCGUUGGGAGGGGGAGGAUGUACAAGCAAGUGGAAUACUUCUUACACUCCCCGAGUCCUUACGUGCAAGUUUUGCAGAAGCUACUUUCCAAAAACUGGUUCGAAAAGCUGAUCUAUUGGAUGCAACUGAAGAUGCUUUCUGUAGAAACCUGGCACUUGUAGCAACACCCAUGGUUUACCUGGAAAACCAGUUUGUUCAGAGAGCUGGUGAAAUUGCCAACAAUAUGUGUUACAUACAACAUGGUAUUGUGGAGACAGAUUGUCUCAAACCACAAAAUGUUGCGGGUAUUAGACAGUUUGAUGACAUAUCAUUUUGA